AUGGGGUCGUCCAAGAAUCUCACAAAUUGGGAUAACGCCGCGCCCGCCGCCGAGCCGGAGUACGUGAACGAAUCCCAGGGUAGCAAACUCAACUCCGCGGUGGCGAAUCCGAAUGUUGGGAAUCAGUCCACCACCCAUGAAUACGAGGCGGACGAACUCAUGGAGAACUGGAAUGGGUCGAAUCCCGGCACGAUGGGUAUGCCGGCGGAGGAUCAGAUAGUCUACGUAGAAUUUAAGCGAAAGCGCAUUCACAAGUACGUCUGUCAUGACCCCACCAUUCGCCCGGGGGUGUACGCCCUGGUGGAUGGCGAUCGUGGGACGGACUGUGGGCUGGUGACUCGGACCGUUCGGUGGAAUUCGAACGGGAAGCCCGAAAUUACCUCCAUGGACGACUGUGAUAUCGAGGAACAGAAAAUUAAACCUGGUAAUGGCUACGUGCUACGCCAGGCCACGAUUGAUGAACUGGAUAAGCUGCACAACGUCUUAUCAAAUGCAGAGAGCGUCGCUCUCAAGACGUGUCGGCAGCGUUGUCAGGAGUUUGACAUUGAUAUCAAACUUAUCGACGCAGAGUAUCAGUUCGACAUGAAGAAGAUUAGUUUCUUCUAUGACUCAGACCGCAGCAUCGACUUCCGUGCGCUUGUGCGAGAGCUGUAUCGCACCUUUGGGGCAAGAAUAUGGUUGGAAAAUGUCAACCCGAAGGUGAAGAACUGCUUGCCAUCGGACGGUAGUGUGGGAAGCCCCACGUGUUCAGCUACACGUGAAUCAGAAAUGGGGAACGCCAACCGUCAUAGCAACACUUCAAAUCGUCGAAAGUAA